UCUUUUUGUCUUUAGUCAUGUGAAUAGACCAAAGCUUUUAGCAUGUUUGAUACUGAAUAAAAGGGGGCUCAUUAUUUUUGUGUGUUUGUAUUGCAUACUUAUUGGUAUUGUACACAAGAAAAAAUGGACUUUGUUUCGGUUAAGAUACUUGUGAUCGUGUUAGAAGCGUCUACGCUUACUUUGGCCUAUUCUAUAAACGAUACAAAGGAUCUACUGACAGAAUUAUUUACUAGUAACUCAUACAACAAGAAAGUUCGACCCAUUAAAGACCAGGACAAAGAAGUGAAUGUUACAAUUACAUUUCAAAUAAGCGCUAUAACUCAGUUCGAUGAACAAGAAGAAAGUCUGACCACUGCUGGAUAUCUAAGUGUCGAAUGGGUAGACGAAAUGCUAGCAUGGGCAACAGCGGACCACAACGGUAUUUCCCGACUUAUUGUGCCACAAGAUGAUAUAUGGAAACCAGAUAUUUCCCUUCGAAAUUCUUUCAGCUCUUUCAAAGGUCUCGGUUCAUCUUAUUUCAACGCAUGGAUAAUAAGUAAUGGAGAUGUGCAAUGGGAACCAUUCCAGAUAUUCAAAUCAACAUGCUCCGUAGAUAUAACGUUCUUCCCUUACGAUUCACAGACAUGUGAGAUGAAAUUCAUAGCGUGGAGUUACUCAAAGAAUGAAGUAAAGUUUUUUCUAUCGUCUGGAAUAAUGAAAACAGAUUAUUCGGAAAGUGCAACGUGGGAAAUUGCAAAAAUGUCAUCAAAGGCUUCAAAUGAGGACACUCCGACAAUCAUAUUCACGUUGAAACUAAACAGGAAACCCCUCUUCUACGUGUUAAACAUGAUCGUUCCAGUAAUAUUACUAUCAUUUAUGAACAUAUUUACGUUUGCGCUUCCGGUCAAAUCCGGAGAAAGGGCCUCGUAUGCAGUGACACUUUUCCUAUCAAUUUCCGUCUUUCUUACUAUCAUAGCCUCAGAAUUUCCCAAGAAUUCAGACAAUCUCUCAAUCCUAGCACUGUAUUUAAUUCUUAUGACUAGUGUGUCCACGAUCUUUGUUCUUGUCUCUGUUUUGCAAAUUCGUCUAGUAAACAGGGACGAGGAAAACAUGGUGAUUGGAACGUUUUACAAAUUGCUCCUUCGACUUGUGAAUGUAUUGAUAUGUAACAAAUGUAAUGGUAGGAAGAAAAAAGUUGAUGCCAUUGGAGAAAGUAAGGACACAGAUAAUUCUGGCAUCCCCGACCAGUCCGAAGCAGAAGCAGAAGUCACGUGGUUAGAUGUGGUACACGCAAUGGACUUUCUUUGCUUCUGGAUUGGCAGCUUUGUCAUUUUUGUCGUCACGUUGACGAUAAUGCUUCUUUUACUGAAUAAUCCCCAGAGAAACUAACAUUUUGCUAAUAGCAGUCCCAUACGAGUGACAAACUAUUCACUGUAAUGGUUCACAAUGCACUGUUUUGAUUUUGAUUCUUUGAUAUGUUCUUUAUAUCAUAGAUUUUCAUUGUUAUAAAUGGGUGAAAGCAGGGUCUUUCAAAUAGAUAUUUGAAAGACCCUGGUGAAAGCAAACAUAAGGGCGAAACUAUAUGAAAAAUACAUCGAUAAAAUAUUCAAGUUUUAUAAUACAUGUACUAAUACAAGCACACUUGUAAUUGACUUAACAACAUUCAACAUUAGACAAGUUAUUUAACAAGAUUUACAAGAUAUUAUUAUUGAAUAGCUACUAAAGAAUCACUAGUAAGAAAGUUUGUAAAGUGUAAUUAUACAUUAUAAAUAUUUCAUAUUCUUACGUUUCUUUCUCACGUUCAAUUCCUGUCUCUUUGAAUAUAUUUGGAAUGAAUAUGUAUCAUAGUAUUUAUAGUAGUUACAUUAAAUAACUCUAUUUAGUAUUCAAAGCUUAGAAUCCGGAAUUUGAACUCCAUUUUCAUUAAUUUCAGGGUAGAGUGAAUGAGUAAUUUUACUGUCCCCUGCUUAAAAAUCACAUUUAAAAUUAACAUAAACAAUAAAAGACGUUGUCGCAGAUAUUGCGACAUACAUGUUUCUUUAUAGAAUUUUAUUUGUUAUAAAAGAUCAUUUUCUUGGCAAGUUGCUUUAAAGUACUAUUUAAAGUAGUCCGACGGUGAAGUAUUGUGCACGAGAUAUCAAUGCAAUGUAUUCAUGUUUCACAUGCUUUUCUUGUCAUGCUUAAUUGUAAAGGCGUGGAAAAUUUUGCCUUAAAUAGGGAAAUUUUAUGUGUUAUAAUGUUUAUGAAAUAAAAUUAAUAAUUAAAACUGAUUUGUUAAUGAAAAAAUAGUUUUGUUAAAUAAUUGGAUUAUAUUUGUGAUUAUUAAAUAAAAUUGUAAACAUGGAUAAAUAUUUAUAACGUUAAGUAGAAAUCAAUUUAAAUAAAUUAAUA